AGCAGUGGGCUGAGCCAAAAUGGCUGAGGAGAGAGUCGCGACGGUGAGCGCCGAGAUUCUCUUUAGCUGCCCGGCCGCAGGGCAAGGCAGCCUGGCGGGUGGCUUCUGUCCCAUGCAGCGGUUCCUGGAGAGAGGCGGAGCUGGGUGCCGAGCGGCUCAGGGUGGGCGGGGCGACACGGUCCCCUUUCUACUGUCCCGGGAACUGGUCGCCUGGGGCAAGUCUGGAUACUUAGCAGCAGAGGUCCUGUUCUAGGACUGUAGUUCCUCUUGGGGUGCGCUGGACGGAGAAGGGAGACUUUUCAGCAGUAAUGGCUCUUACCCUAGUCCCAUCUUUUUCUCUCUCGGGGGUUUGGAAGAGAACUCAAUUUCCUGUAUCUACUGAGUCUCAAAAACCCCGGCAGAAAAAAGCUCCAGAGUUUCCUAUUUUGGAGAAGCAGAACUGGUUGAUUCAUCUUCAUUAUAUCCGGAAAGAUUAUGAAGCCUGCAAGGCUGUUAUCAAAGAACAGCUUCAGGAGACUCAGGGAUUGUGUGAAUAUGCUAUCUAUGUCCAAGCAUUGAUAUUUCGCCUGGAAGGAAAUAUCCAAGAAUCCCUAGAACUCUUCCAGACAUGUGCAGUUCUUAGCCCUCAGAGUGCUGAUAACCUCAAGCAGGUGGCCAGAUCUUUAUUUCUUUUGGGAAAACAUAAAGCUGCCAUUGAAGUAUAUAAUGAAGCAGCUAAACUCAACCAGAAAGAUUGGGAGAUCAGCCAUAACCUAGGAGUUUGCUACAUAUACCUGAAGCAGUUCAACAAGGCACAAGACCAGUUGCACAAUGCCCUGAAUCUUAAUAGGCACGAUCUGACUUAUAUAAUGCUGGGGAAGAUCCACUUGCUGGAGGGAGACUUGGACAAGGCCAUUGAAAUCUACAAGAAAGCAGUAGAGUUCUCACCAGAAAAUACAGAGCUUCUUACAACUUUAGGAUUACUCUACUUACAGCUCGGCAUUUACCAGAAGGCAUUUGAACAUCUUGGCAAUGCACUGACUUAUGACCCUACCAACUACAAGGCCAUCUUGGCAGCAGGCAGCAUGAUGCAGACCCAUGGGGACUUUGAUGUCGCCCUCACCAAAUACAGAGUUGUGGCUUGUGCUGUUCCAGAAAGUCCUCCACUCUGGAAUAACAUUGGAAUGUGUUUCUUUGGCAAGAAGAAAUAUGUGGCGGCCAUCAGCUGCCUGAAACGAGCCAACUACUUGGCACCCUUUGAUUGGAAGAUUCUGUAUAAUUUGGGCCUUGUCCAUUUGACCAUGCAGCAGUAUGCAUCAGCUUUUCAUUUUCUCAGUGCGGCCAUCAACUUCCAGCCAAAGAUGGGGGAGCUCUACAUGCUCUUGGCAGUGGCUCUGACCAAUCUGGAAGAUAUAGAGAAUGCCAAGAGAGCCUACGCAGAAGCAGUCCACCUGGAUAAGUGUAACCCUUUAGUAAACCUGAACUAUGCUGUGCUGCUGUACAAUCAGGGCGAGAAGAAGAAUGCCCUGGCCCAAUAUCAGGAGAUGGAGAAGAAAGUCAACCUACUCAAGGACAAUAGCUCUCUGGAAUUUGACUCUGAGAUGGUGGAGAUGGCUCAGAAGUUGGGAGCUGCUCUCCAGGUUGGGGAGGCACUGGUCUGGACUAAACCAGUUAAAGAUCCCAAAUCAAAGCACCAGAUCACUUCAACCAGCAAACCUGCCAGUUUCCAGCAGCCUCUGGGCUCUAAUCAAGCUCUAGGACAGGCAAUGUCUUCAGCAGCUGCAUACAGGACGCUCCCCUCAGGUGCUGGAGGAACAUCCCAGUUCACAAAGCCCCCAUCUCUUCCUCUGGAGCCAGAGCCUGCGGUGGAAUCAAGUCCAACUGAAACAUCAGAACAAAUAAGAGAGAAAUAAGAAUAGAAUGAAUGACCCCAAAAUAGGGUUUUCUUGGGUGAGGAUGUGCUGGAUUAGGAAAGGUGACAUGACACAGGCAUAGUGGCACCCACCACAGAAUACAGUGUGUGUUAUGAUUACGAGGAGCCAGCAGUUGAGCCUAAGGUCCUUCUACCUACCUGGUAUUGGCAUUUGAGGUCGGAAACCCUCUAUUGCCCCAUAAGCCAGGAACAGUGAAAAGACAACACAGUUCCUUUAAGAACUGGCAGCAAGGCUUGAGGCUCUAUGUAUGUAGCUGAGUCAGCAAGGUACAUGUUGCUGUCUGCUUUCAAAACUUUUCUCUCCUAGCUGACUGACUCCUUCCUUAGUUCAAGGAACAGCUGAGACAGACCUCUGCUGAGUAGCCCUGUGAUGACAAAGCCUUGGUUUAACUGAGGUAAUCCUCAGGUUGUGAGGUUUAUUAGUCCCCAAGGCAAACACAAAUAUUAGAUUAAUAAUCCAACUUUAAAAGUAUACAUUUAAAAGAAAAAAAAAAAGCCCUGUAAGUUGAGGCCCAGCCUGCUGAGUAUUGCAGCUGCAUUUGCCCAAAGGGAAUCCAGAACAAGUCCCUCCCUGUAUUUUGUUCUUGAGAGGGGUCAGUCUAGAAGCUAGAUCCUAUCAGUAUGAGGAGGAGCAGCCCAGGGCUUAUCUGGAUCAGCACCAACGAUUUUAAAGAAAAAAGGAAGAGUUUCUUAGAUGAGUAAUUGUUAUUGAAGAUAGUGAUAACCACUGACCAGAUGCUAUGAAUACACUAUGUGUCCUUUUUAGAAUAAAGAUUACAUAUCAUUAUUAUUUUGGGGAAAAUUGUUAUUCAGGUAUAGAAACGAGAUCACAAUAAAAACCUAAAAGAACC